AUGAAGAUCUUCGUACGACGUAGCUUCAGCACGACCAGACAGCUUGGCGAGCUUGGAGAAGUGGAAGAGGCCCAUGAUGUCAAAGAGAAGAAAAGAUGCCUUGAUCCUAACCAAACUACGAGUACCAGUGGCGACUCCACGUGGGAAGAGAGGGGGAGUGACGACGAGAAAAGGGGAGGGAGGAACGAGCAAGCGAUGUGGAUCAGGAUAUGGCUCGCCGUCUCAUUGUAG